AUGAGUCCUUUGGAGAGUAAUCCUGUGGCUGUUUUAAACCACAUUGAUGAAUAUGUCGAACUGCUUUAUGAUGAUAUUCCAGAGAAAAUAAAGGGCUCUUCACUUAUUUUACAACUGGCCAGGAACCCAGAUAACUUGAUAGAACUAGCAAGAAAUGAAGCUUUACUAAGUGCUCUCUCAAGAGUCCUGAGAGAGGAAUGGAAGAGGAGUAUAGAACUAAGUACAAACAUUGUAUACACCUUUUUCUGCUUCUCGACUUACUUGGAGUUUCAUCCUGUUAUCAUUCAGUACAAAAUUGGUUCUCUCUGUAUGGAUGUUAUUGAUUACGAAUUAAAGAGAUAUGACCAGUGGAAAGAAAAAGUUGAGGGAAAGAAACAAGUGCUGACACCAGAGAAGAAUGAACUUCCAAAAAGUCGUAUACCAGAACCAAAAACGUCGUCCUAA